GCCACACAGCUGGCCCCAGAGCUGAGUAACCACAGUGGCCAAAACCCAGCAGGCUGCUGAAGUACUGCGCUGAGCCCCAAGUGGCUUUUAGGACCUUGUUGUGGGGAAGUUAGAAAACGCCUUCUCCUUGGGACUGCCCAGUAACAGGAAGUCCCAAACAGGGAGGAAACCCUGUUGGCCCCAGCUUCCCCCACCCCGUGAAGCCUACUGCACUGCUCUGCAGACUCAGCAGUGCUGGGAACAGCCAGGGGCCUUGAGGAUCUCAUGUCUGGGGGAUGCAGGUUGCAGUCCCUCCUCAUAGCCCCUGGGCCGAAUAGCCUUUCCGGAUUUAAGGACACCUGUCCCCAGCAGGUCACAGGAAGUUGUACCAUGUGUUGGGUCAGUGCCAUGAGCUUCAUGGCGGCUGAGGAGAUGCACUGGCCUGUCCCCAUGAAGGCCAUUGGUGCCCAGAAUUUGCUGACCAUGCCUGGUGGUGUGGCCAAGGCUGGUUAUCUGCAUAAGAAGGGUGGCACCCAACUGCAGCUGCUCAAAUGGCCCCUCCGCUUUGUGAUCAUCCACAAGCGCUGCAUCUACUACUUCAAGAGCAGCACAUCGGCCUCCCCGCAGGGCGCCUUCUCACUGAGUGGCUACAACAGAGUGAUGCGAGCAGCUGAGGAGACCACGUCCAACAAUGUCUUCCCAUUCAAGAUCAUUCACAUCAGCAAGAAGCACCGAACAUGGUUCUUCUCAGCGUCCUCUGAGGAUGAGCGCAAGAGCUGGAUGGCCUUGCUACGCAGGGAAAUUGGCCACUUCCAUGAGAAGAAGGAACUACCUCUAGACACCAGCGACUCUAGCUCAGACACGGACAGCUUCUAUGGUGCAGUUGAGCGACCUAUAGAUAUCAGCCUGUCUUCGUAUCCCAUGGACAAUGAAGAUUACGAACAUGAAGAUGAGGACGACUCGUACCUGGAGCCUGAUUCCCCGGGGCCCAUGAAGCUUGAAGAUGCCCUGACCUAUCCACCAGCCUACCCACCACCCCCUGUGCCUGUACCUCGGAAGCCAGCCUUCUCUGACUUGCCCCGUGCCCACUCGUUCACCUCUAAAAGUCCAAGUCCCUUACUGCCACCCCCACCUCCUAAGCGAGGCCUUCCAGACACUGGCCCUGCCCCUGAGGAUGCUAAGGACGCAUUGGGCCUGAGGCGAGUAGAGCCUGGCCUCAGGGUGCCUGCCACCCCUCGGAGGAUGAGUGAUCCCCCAAUGAGCAAUGUACCCUCCGUGCCCAACCUCCGGAAACAUCCUUGCUUCAGGGACAGUGUGAAUCCCGGCCUAGAACCCUGGACCCCUGGCCAUGGGACUAGCUCUGUCUCCAGCUCUACCACCAUGGCCGUUGCCACCUCUAGGAACUGUGACAAACUCAAGUCAUUCCACCUGUCUUCUCGAGGGCCACCCACAUCUGAGCCCCCACCCGUGCCUGCUAAUAAGCCCAAGUUCCUGAAGAUAGCUGAAGAACCUUCCCCGAGGGAGGCAGCCAAGUCUGCACCUGUGCCCCCUGUGGCCCCCAGGCCUCCUGUGCAGAAGACGCCCAUGCCUGAGGCUACUGUUCGGCCUGCAGUGCUGCCUAGACCGGAGAACACACCUCUUCCUCACCUCCAGCGAUCCCCCCCUGAUGGACAGAGUUUCAGGGGCUUCUCCUUUGAAAAGGCCCGCCAGCCCUCACAGGCUGACACUGGCGAGGAGGACUCCGAUGAAGACUAUGAGAAGGUGCCGCUGCCUAACUCAGUGUUUGUCAACACCACAGAGUCCUGCGAGGUGGAAAGGUUGUUCAAAGCUACGAACCCCCGUGGAGAGCCUCAGGAUGGGCUGUAUUGCAUUCGGAACUCCUCUACCAAGUCAGGGAAGGUUUUGGUCGUGUGGGAUGAAUCUUCUAACAAAGUGAGGAAUUAUCGCAUCUUUGAAAAGGAUUCUAAGUUCUACCUGGAAGGUGAGGUUCUGUUUGCCAGUGUGGGCAGCAUGGUGGAGCACUACCACACCCAUGUGCUGCCCAGCCAUCAGAGCCUGUUGCUGCGGCACCCAUACGGCUACACUGGGCCCAGGUGACAUCCAUUCCACACAGCUGUUGGGUGGAAGCAGCCCCGGAGCCACAGCUCUGCCACAAAGAUGGAGACCAGCUGCAUGGGAAGAUGAACAGGAAUGGGCUUGACGUCAGACCUCAUCGACAUGACACCUAGCUGCAGUGAGCAGGCUGGGUUCCAGCUGGAGCAGGCCACAACUACUAAAGGACUGGCUGGAUGACUUGGCCCAUCCAGCCAUUCCAUGACCCAUCUCUCAAGAACCCAGGUCUGGUGACUAAGUGCUGCCUGGGCUUCGACGGCACAUGAUCAGGUCCCUAUAGCAUACCUACUCUGUAGUGGGCUGGGACCAAGCAAGGCUGGGUUACUUGAAGCCUUGUUCUAGGACCCAUAGGAAUGCUAAGACAUAGGAAUGCUCUAGGAGGGACCAUUGCCUCUCAAUAAAUCAGAGAUGACCUUUGUCUCAAUGACCAGGGUUUGAUUGGCACAGAGUGGGUAGCAAGCUUUACUGAGCACCACCAAUGUCCAGGUAGAGAGCUACUGAGAGCAGCCCUAAUGUGUGGUCUUUAGUGUUCCAGGGCACAGGCUGCUGAGUGACCUCACUGGGAGAGAGAGCUAAAUAAUGGAUCAGGAUCCACCUGGAUCUGUCAAUCUUGGCUGGAGCCUCAACUUGAAAGCCCCAAUUAGCAAUUAUUGAGCGACUGUGUAACUGGCCUGGUACUAGGGCUGGUUGUUGGCUGUGAACAGCCCCUAGUCCAGCUUGGCCAAGCUUACUCUAGAGCAGGUCAGUGAGUAUCAGGUGCUGCUGGAGGUGCUGUGGUCUGGGAAGCCACACGGGGGGGCUGGGAGCUUGGAAUCCAGUGUAUGUGGGGGCAGGGGAGGGAUGGGAGGUCGGGGAGGUUCCAGGAAGACUUCUUACAGAUGACCUGGCCAGAGUGAAGUGGGACAGGCCAAGGAUGGGUGGGGACAGUGGCAUCCACGUACCCCCAAGUAGUUUGGUGAUUCCAAAUUGUCGAGGCCACACCCCUGGCACAGCCGUCUAGACUGGACUUUUUCUGUGAAAAUAAAUUCAUUUGGAGGUCAGGGCAGCCAGAGACCUUGGCACCAUCUGACUUCAUUGCACUUUAUGUUGGAAAAUAAAGGUUUUUUAAAAUUUUAUUAUUUUUAUGCA